CUCCCAGUGCAGUCAGUGCGGCGCGGCUGUCGCAACAGGAGCAGCGGCGGCGGCUCCCGUGAUAUAACUGUCUUUUUAUCAGGAAGUGGCCGCUCCAGUCGUGUUGCUCUACAGCGGCCGAGUCCACCCUAAGCUUCGGCGCCGCUGAUACGACGGAUGGCCGGCGAGCGCCGACGCUGAUGCCAGCUCUGUUAUGUUGAAGUGGGGCAUGUCCCGCAGUGAACAGUUCAGCAAUUGUCGGACGUUUCAUUCUCACCUCUAGUGCAACGAACUCGGCGCGAUGCCGGAAGUCGGGUGAAAGCCCGCAUGGCCGCCAGCUCGCUGCCGCCAUGUCCACGAGGAGUCGAAGCAGCAGCCUCAGUAAGAGCAGGCUGUGGACGGUGCCCGAGACGGCGCUGCCCAUGGAGACGCAACACCAGCAAGACAAACUGUCCUCGGAUGAGCACCAGCAGCGGUCGCGCGACCUGCGCAAUCAGUACUCGGCCGGCCCGGACCCCGCGGCCGAGCCUGACGAGCAGGAGGUGGACGACAGCGACGGCGGCUACGGCUGGGUCGUCGUCUUCGCAGCGUUCGCCACCAACUUCAUAGCGGACGGCGUCACCUUCACGUUCGGCGUGCUCUUCGUGGAUCUGCUGCGCGUCUUCGGCGAGGCCAAGAGCCACACGGCGAGCGUGGGCGGCCUCUUCAUGGCCAUGCCGUUGCUCGCCGGACCCGUGGCCAGCGCGCUGGCCGAGCGCUACGGCUGCAGGGUCGUGUGCAUGGUGGGCGCGGUGGUGGCGGCGGCGGGCAUGUCUGCGUCGGCGUGGGCGCACUCGCUGGCGCAGCUGCUGGUGUCGUUCGGCGUGGUGGCGGGCGCGGGGCUGGCGCUGUGCUACGUGGCGGCCGUGGUGACGGUGGCGCUGCACUUCCGGCGGCGGCGCGCGCUCGCCACGGGGCUCGCCGUCUGCGGCUCGGGCAUGGGCACGCUCGCCUUCGCGCCGCUGUCGGCGCGCCUGCUCGAGUCCCUCGGCUGGCGGCCCACCGCGCUCGCGCUCGCCGCCCUCUUCCUGCACAUCGCCGUCUGCGGCGCGCUCAUGCGGCCACCUCAGCGCAAGAAGAAAAAUGUUCAGUCUAAGAAGACUAAGUUGAAAGGAGAGUCGGUGCAAAAUAAACCGGAAACAAAGGAACUUUUAUCAGGUCUUCGUGAGACUUCUACCAAGCAGUCAGUACAACGUGCCAUUAGCCCUGCUGUGAGAGCAGUGGCGAUGAGUGAAAAUGAGAAUAGGCCAUUCCAUUCUGUUCUCAACAUUCCAACAUGGGUUCAUGCAGGUGACCAACACCUGCCACCUGAUGUGGCAGCUAGGGCCAAGCAAAGGGAACCACUUUCUCCACCUCCACCACGGGCUAUAGAUCGCCAUCGGCAUUCGCUGACAUUUCGGGGUGCUCUUCUCCCUACACAAACUCAAAGGACACUGUCAUGCCCUAACCUGUGGUCAGAGCCAAUUUUUUUGGAGUAUAAGGAGCAAGAACAACCAUGCUUGAGUGAAAUGGUUGGGAUCCUUGCAGGCAUGGUGGAUGUUUCCCACUUUGCAGAUGCACGUUUCUCAUUGUUUGCAGCAUCCAACUUCUUGCUGUAUACUUGGUAUGAAGUUCCAUAUGUCUUCCUCACAGACCGGGCAGUGGAAAUGGGUAUCAGUGAAAAUGAUGCAUCACUGCUUAUCAGUGCACUGGGACUGCUGAAUAUGGUUGGAAUGGUGAUACUUGGGUGGAUGGGUGACAGACCUAAAGUGAAUGCUGUUGCUGUCUAUGCAGUAUGCAUGACUGUAUGUGGUUUGUGCACUGCUGUUGUGCCACUAGUGCAUACAUACAUAGGUUUGAUGAUCAUUGCAUGCAUAUUUGGUCUCUCAAUCUCUGCAAAUUACACACUUGCAUCAAUUAUUUUGGUGGAAAUGGUAUCACUAGAAAGAUUCACAAAUGGCUAUGGCCUUCUAUUGCUUGUACAAGGUCUUGGAAAUAUAAUUGGGCCACCUCUAGCAGGUUGGCUUUAUGAUAUUUCUGGAAGUUACGAUCUGUCAUUUUAUUUAGCGGGAUUAUUUAUAAUUUUAUCUGGUCUCCUACUUUUUGUGCUGCCUGUGUGUAGAUGGUGCAAAAAAUUGAAGAGUUUGAAGAAUGUCAGUGGAAAUGAAACAAUAACCUAAGCAGUGUGUUGUUAGUGCUUAGUUCUUUGCUAGUCACCAGCUUUUGAAAAUACCAAGGACAAUUGACAUUGCUGAAACUAGUUUUAGAGUGCCUUGUAUAAUGUUUAAUAUUAUACAAAAAUUAAUAACUUAUGGAGUCAUAUUAGUUGCUACUUGUUAUUGUAAAAGUCAUAAUUUUACUCUGUAAAAUUGAGAUUUAAAUAAUUGUUAAAUAUAUGCUCAUAUUUACUGAACUUUGUUUACUGAAGAUAGGACUGCCUACAUUGAUCAGACUGUGAAACUAGUAAACAGUGUUCACUAAAUUCUCAUUGACUGACAUUGUUUUCAUCCAUUCACUAUUGAUUGGGUGCUUGUCAGUGAUAGGUUUGUAAAACCUACUUUACUUUCUUUGGACUAGAUAUUUUGUAUCACUCUGCUUUAUAUUUUCCUCCUUUUAGCAGUUCUGCUAAAAUUGCACUCUCUCCAGGGGGCUUGCAAUACUAGGUUCCUCAAUUUCAAACUGGAUUACUGUAAAACAGUGUUUUGUAUGGUUCUGUGUUUGAACAUAUGAUUGUAAAUUCUGAUGAAAUUUAUUUUACUUUAAUUUUUAUUAAUAAGGAAAUAAUUUCUUGUGCAGAAAAUGAUAUAAUAGCUGUUACUCAGAAACAAACACAAUUACUAAGGUGUGCCAGAGGCAAACAUUUCAAUAAAGUUAGAAAAUAAUAAUCUUAAACAGACAGUCACAGAUGUUAAAGCAGUUAGAAAUUUCUACUUGAUACAUGAGACCAUUACUGUGGUGAGGUGCAAAUGUAAGUUAGUGGGGCAAAUAUAGGGUGUCUAUAAAUUACCUUUAAAACAUUAGAGUCUAAAAACAUUAAAACCCUGCUAGGUUAUGGUUUGCAACAUGUGAAAAAUAGCUCAGUUUUGUUUCCACCAUCAGUCAUCAAUGUGUGCAUCCUUAGUGUGUACAAAAGUCAAUCGGUAUUAAAUUUGUCUCUAUGCAUGCUCCAGGAACUCCGUGGCGACAUGUUUAAGACACACAUUUGCAAUGCAUUUAAAGUCCUGUAGGUAUAUAAUCUCGGUUUAUUGUUUUUAAUCCCUUUCAAACCACAUAGGAAGAAGUCUAAUAGAAUGAGAACAGGUGAUCAAGGCAGUUACAAAGUCAGACCAUCUUGUCCAGUCCACCCACCCAUAAAAUUUUCAACCAGAAGUUGAGCAACCCUUAGGAGCCUUUAAGGUGGUACCCCACCUGCUGAAAUGUGGUGUCAAGCUUGAGGUGCUUCAAUUAUGGCAGAGUGGACUCUCAUAACGUGUCCAUGUAAACAUCACUGUUGAAUGUAGGCUUACUGAAAAAGAAUUGACGACAGAUAAAAAUGCAUAAGUUCACUCCACACCUUGACCUUGGGACUGUCACUUCCCGUUUUAUGUGUGACAUGACGACACUGUGAUGCCCAUAUAUGAACAUGAUCACA